UCGCACCUCGAAACCUUCCUAGUACAGGAUUCUUCCCGUUCCUGCAAACCCUACUCUGUGACACAGACUCCAAAUGCAAAGACACACCCUAUGGACCACAAGAUCUCCUUCGUAGGAAAGGGAUCGAUGAUGCUCUAUUUAAAGACAGUGAAAUUUCGAGAAAGUCAUCCAACGUGGAGAAGGACAGCAAUUUAUCACUCCACAGCACCCAACUUCCAGAAAGAAGGCACGCAUCGCUGGCCACAGUUUUUCCCAGUCCAAGUUAUGAUUUGGAAAGUACUGGAACAGAUACUUUCAAUGGCAGUCAAGUGCUUGCAUGGAUCCUUGGUUUGGAAAAGCUGUUAAAGCAAAAUUCGACUUCAGAAGAUAUACGAAGAGAACUGUGUGAGAGCUAUCCAGGGUACAUUGCAGAUUAUGCCUUCUCUUGGACCAUUCUAGGAAAAAAUGUUUUUAACAAAUUUUGCCUUUCCAACAUGACCCUUUUAGAGUCUUCUCUCCAAGAACUAGAAAAACAGUUCUCUCAGCUAUCAAGUGACCCCAACAAUCAGAAGAUGGUGUUUCAGGAAAUAGUAAAAGUGCUAUCCUUCUUCUCACAAGUGCAAGAGCAGACAGCUGUGUGGCACCUUCUCUCGAGUUUUCCAAAUGUGUUUCAGAAUGACACAUCACUCAGCAAUCUAUUUGAUGUUCUUCGAAAGGCAAACAGUGCACUGCUGGUCCUGCAGAAGGUUUAUCCACGUGUUGCAACUAACGAAGGUUUCAGAACACUUCAGAAGUCUGUUAAACAUCUGCUGUACACUCUGGACUCCCCAGCUCAAGGUGACUCGAACAAUACAAAGCAUGUGUGGAGUGAGGAUGAUGGACAGACAUUGUCCCCAAGCAGUCUGGCUGCACAGCUCCUUAUCCUGGAAAACUUUGAAGAUGCCCUCUUAAAUAUAUCAGCAAAUAGUCCUUAUGUUCCUUACCUGGUGUGUGUGAGAAAUGUGACUGACAAUUUGGCCAGGGGAUCACAAGAAAAUCUAAGACUCCUGCAGUCCACAAUUAGAUUUAAAAAAUCUUUUCUUCAAAACGGUUCCUAUGAGGAUUACUUCCCUCCAGUUCCUGAAAUCUUAAAAUCAAAACUGUCUCAGCUUCGAAACUUGACGGAACUUCUUUGUGAACCUGAAACUUUCAGUUCAAUAGAGAAAUCAUGCCUGCUCUCUAAUUCGAGCUUCGGGAGCCUGUGUGAGGACAGUGCAAUCCAUGUGCAACUCCUCGAAGCAGCAGAGCUGGGCACCGAAAUAGCAGCCAGCUUACUGCACCAUAACAUCAUCAUAUCUAAAAAACUGAGGGAUUUGGUGACUGGGGAUCCUAGCAAAAUUAAUUUAAAUAUGGAUCAGUUUCUAGAACAGGCAUUGCAAAUGAAUUACUUGGAAAAUAUCACACAGUUGAUACCGACCAUAGAAGCCAUGCUGCAUGUCAAUAACAGUGCAGACACUUCUGAGAAACCAGGUCAGUUAAUAGAAAUGUUUAAGAAUGUUGAAGCGCUGAAGGAAGAUCUGAGGAUAACCACAGGGAUGUCCCACGGGAGCAUCGACAAGUUGCUGGCCAUUCCUAUCCCUGAUAACAGAGCUGAGAUUAUUUCUCGAGUAUUCUGGUUGCAGUCUUGUGAUACUAAUAUCACCAAUCCCAAACUGGAAGAUGCGAUGAAGGAAUUCUGCAGCCUGCCUCUCUCAGAGCGAUCCCAUCAGUCUUACCUCAUUGGACUCACUCUUCUGCACUACUUAGACAUUUACAACUUCACAUACAAGGUGUUUUUCCCUAGGGAGGAUCAAAAGCCAGUGGAAAAAAUGAUAGAAGUCUUCAUGAGGCUGAAAGAGAUUCUCAAUCAGAUGGCUUCCGGCACACAUCCACUGCUAGACAAAAUGAGAUCCCUAAAACAAAUGCAUCUGCCCAGAAGUGUUCCAUUAACACAGGCAAUGUACAGAAGCAACCGAAUGAACACACCCCAAGGGUCAUUCAGUACAAUCUCCCAAGCCUUAUGUUCUCAAGGAAUUACCACUGAAUACUUAACUGCCAUGCUGCCCUCUUCCCAGAGGCCAAAAGGCAACCACACCAAGGACUUUUUGACUUAUAAAUUAAGUAAAGAGCAAAUUGCUUCAAAAUAUGGAAUUCCCAUACAUACCACCCCAUUUUGCUUCUCCCUUUAUAAAGACAUCAUUAACAUGCCUGCUGGACCUGUGAUUUGGGCUUUCUUGAAACCUAUGUUGUUGGGAAAGAUUUUAUAUGCACCCUAUAACCCGAUUACAAAGGCAGUAAUGGAAAAGUCCAAUGCAACUCUGAGGCAGCUGGCAGAAUUAAGAGAAAAAUCUCAAGAGUGGAUGGAUAAGUCACCACUUUUCAUGAAUUCCUUCCACCUGUUAAACCAGGCAAUUCCAAUGCUCCAGAAUACUCUAAGGAACCCCUUUGUGCAAGUUUUUAUAAAAUUCUCUGUGGGACUUGAUGCUGUUGAACUAUUGAAACAGAUAGAUGAACUCGACAUUCUAAGGUUGAAAUUAGAGAACAACAUUGACAUCAUCGAUCAGCUUAACACAUUAUCUUCUCUGACAGUAAAUAUUUCCUCUUGUGUAUUAUAUGAUCGCAUUCAGGCAGAGAAAACUGUAGAUGAAAUGGAGAGAGAGGCCAAAAGGCUCUACAAAAGGAAUGAACUCUUUGGAAGUGUUAUUUUUAAGCUUCCUUCUAACAGAAGCCAGCACAGAGGCUAUGACUCUGAAAAUGUCUUUCUUCCUCCUGUCAUAAAAUAUACCAUCCGCAUGAGUCUCAAGACCGCACAGACCACAAGAAGCAUAAGAACCAAGAUUUGGGCCCCAGGGCCACACAAUUCUCCAUCAAACAACCAGAUCUAUGGCAGGGCUUUUAUUUAUUUACAGGAUAGUAUUGAAAGAGCAAUCAUUGAAUUGCAAACUGGAAGGAACUCCCAGGAAAUAGCAGUCCAGGUUCAAGCAAUUCCUUAUCCCUGCUUCAUGAAAGACAACUUCCUAACCAGUGUCUCUUACUCUCUUCCCAUCGUGCUCAUGGUUGCCUGGGUUGUAUUUAUAGCUGCUUUUGUAAAAAAGCUUGUUUAUGAGAAAGACCUCCGGCUUCAUGAGUACAUGAAGAUGAUGGGUGUGAACUCUUGCAGCCAUUUUUUUGCCUGGCUUAUAGAGAGUGUUGGAUUUUUACUGGUUACCAUCAUGAUCCUCAUCGUUAUACUCAAGUUUGGCAAUAUUCUUCCUAAAACAAAUGGGUUCAUUUUGUUCCUGUAUUUUUCGGACUACAGCUUCUCAGUUAUUGCCAUGAGCUAUCUUAUCAGUGUCUUCUUCAACAACACCAACAUUGCAGCUCUGAUCGGAAGCCUCAUCUACAUCAUUGCUUUUUUUCCAUUUAUUGUUCUGGUUACAGUUGAGGAUGAGUUGAGCUAUGUAGUGAAAGUAUUCAUGAGCCUGCUGUCUCCAACAGCAUUCAGUUAUGCAAGCCAAUACAUUGCACGAUACGAAGAACAGGGCAUUGGUCUUCAGUGGGACAAUAUGUACAGCUCCCCAGUUCAGGAUGAUACCACCUCAUUUGGCUGGCUGUGCUGUCUAAUCCUAGCUGACUCUUUCAUCUAUUUCCUUAUUGCUUGGUAUGUCAGGAACGUUUUCCCAGGGACAUACGGUAUGGCAGCUCCUUGGUAUUUCCCAAUCCUUCCUUCCUAUUGGAAGGAACGAUCUGGAUGUGCAGAGGUGAAGCAUGAGAAAAGCAACGGCCUUAUGUUUACUAAUAUCAUGAUGCAGAACACCAACCCAUCUGCCAGUCCUGAAUAUUUGUUUCCCUCCAACAUUGAGCCUGAACCUAAAGAUCUCACAGUUGGGGUUGCCCUGCACGGGGUCACAAAGAUCUAUAGCUCAAAAGUCGCUGUUGAUAACCUCAAUCUAAACUUUUAUGAAGGGCAUAUUACUUCAUUGCUGGGACCCAAUGGAGCUGGGAAAACUACUACCAUCUCCAUGUUAACUGGGCUGUUUGGGGCCUCAGCAGGUACCAUCUUUGUGUAUGGAAAAGAUAUCAAAACAGACCUCGACUCUGUGCGGAAGAACAUGGGGGUCUGCAUGCAGCACGACGUCCUGUUCAGCUACCUCACCACCAAGGAGCACCUUCUCUUAUACGGCUCCAUCAAAGUUCCUCACUGGACCAGAAAGCAGCUCCACGAGGAAGUAAAAAGGACUUUAAAAGAUACUGGACUGUACAGCCAUCGUCAUAAGAGAGUUGGAACACUGUCGGGAGGAAUGAAGAGGAAAUUAUCCAUAUCCAUAGCUCUCAUUGGUGGAUCAAGGGUAGUAAUUUUGGAUGAACCAUCCACUGGAGUUGACCCAUGUUCUCGUCGAAGUAUAUGGGAUGUUAUAUCCAAGAACAAAACUGCCAGAACAAUCAUUCUGUCGACGCACCACUUGGAUGAGGCAGAAGUGCUGAGUGACCGCAUCGCCUUCCUGGAGCAUGGCGGGCUCCGGUGCUGCGGGUCACCGUUUUACCUCAAGGAAGUAUUUGGGGAUGGCUAUCACCUCACGCUCACCAAGAAGAAGAGUCCAAAUCUAAAUGCAAAUACAGUAUGUGACACAAUGGCCGUGACAGCAAUGAUCCGCUCACACCUCCCUGAUGCCUACCUCAAAGAGGAUAUUGGGGGAGAGCUUGUGUACGUGCUUCCUCCAUUUAGCACCGAAGUCUCAGGAGCCUAUCUGUCACUCCUGAGAGCGCUGGACAGUGGCAUGGGUGACCUCAACAUUGGCUGCUAUGGCAUUUCAGAUACCACCGUGGAAGAGGUGUUUCUGAACUUAACUAAAGAGUCACAAAAAAAUAGUGAUAUGAGUCUUGAACAUUUAACACAAAAGAAAAUCGGAAAUUCCAGUACCAACGGCAUCUCAACUCCUGACGAUUUGUCUGUGAGCAGCAGCAAUUUCACAGACAGAGACGACAAAAUCCUGACAAGAGGAGAGAGGUUGGAUGGUUUGGGACUGCUAUUAAAAAAGAUAAUGGCUAUUCUCAUUAAGAGGUUCCACCACACCCGCAGGAACUGGAAAGGUCUUAUUGCUCAGGUUAUCCUCCCCAUCGUCUUUGUAACCACUGCCAUGGGCCUCGGCACACUGAGAAAUUCCAGCAACAGUUAUCCUGAAAUCCAGAUCUCCCCUUCUCUUUAUGGCACCUCUGAGCAGACAGCCUUCUAUGCGAAUUCUCACCCAAGCACAAAAGCACUGGAAUCAGCAAUGUGGGACUUCCCUGGCAUUGACAACCUGUGUCUGAACACCAGUGAUCUGCGAUGUUUAAAGAAAGACAGUCUGGAAAAAUGGAAUACCAGUGGAGAACCUAUCACUAAUUUUGGUGUUUGCUCCUGCUCAGAAAAUAUCCAGGAAUGUCCUAAAUUUAACUAUUCCCCACCUCAUAGAAGAACUUAUUCUAACCAAGUAAUUUAUAACCUCACUGGGCACCGCAUGGAAAAUUAUCUUAUAUCAACUGCAAAUGAGUUUGUCCAAAAAAGAUAUGGAGGUUGGAGUUUUGGGCUGCCUUUGACUAAAGACCUUCGUUUUGAUGUAACAGCAGUUCCUGCUGAUAGAACACUUGCCAAGGUAUGGUAUGAUCCAGAAGGCUAUCACUCCCUUCCAGCCUACCUCAACAGCCUGAAUAAUUUUCUCCUGCGAGUUAACAUGUCAAAAUAUGAUGCUGCCCGACACGCCAUCAUCAUGUACAGCCACCCUUAUCCAGGAGUGCAAGACCAAGAACAAGCCACAAUCAGCAGUUUAAUCGAUAUUUUAGUGGCACUGUCGAUCCUGAUGGGCUACUCUGUCACCACUGCCAGCUUUGUCACCUAUGUUGUAAGGGAACAUCAGACCAAAGCCAAGCAGUUGCAGCACAUUUCAGGCAUUGGUGUGACAUGCUACUGGGUAACAAACUUCAUUUAUGACAUGGUCUUCUACUUGGUGCCUGUAGCAUUUUCAAUCGGUGUCAUUGCAAUUUUCAAGUUACCUGCCUUCUACAAUGAAAACAACCUAGGGGCCGUAUCUCUCCUACUUCUUCUGUUUGGGUAUGCGACAUUUUCUUGGAUGUACUUGCUAGCUGGGCUCUUCCAUGAGACAGGAAUGGCCUUCAUCACUUAUGUCUGCAUCAACUUGUUUUUUGGCAUCAAUUCCAUUGUUUCCCUGUCAGUGGUAUAUUUUCUUUCCAAGGAAAAGCUUAAUGAUCCGACUUUAGAACUUAUUUCUGAAACCCUUAAGCGCAUUUUUCUGAUUUUUCCACAAUUCUGUUUUGGCUACGGCUUGAUUGAACUUUCUCAACAACAGGCGGUCCUAGACUUCUUAAAAGCAUAUGGAGUGGAAUACCCAAGUGAAACUUUUGAGAUGGAUAAACUAGGUGCAAUGUUUGUGGCUUUGGUUUCUCAGGGCACCAUGUUUUUUCUCUUGCGACUCUUAAUCAAUGAGUGGCUUAUAAAGAAACUCAGACUCUUCUUCAGAAAACUUAAUGCUUCACCUGUAAUGGAGACAAUAGAAGAAGAUGAAGAUGUGCGAGCUGAGAGAUUUAGAGUUGAGAGUGGUGCAGCUGAACUUGAUCUGGUCCAGCUCCACUGUCUCACAAAGACCUACCAACUCAUCCACAAAAAGAUGACAGCUGUAAACAACAUAAGCAUUGGGAUACCUGCUGGAGAGUGCUUUGGCCUUCUUGGAGUUAAUGGAGCAGGAAAGACCACUAUAUUUAAGAUGUUGACUGGAGACAUAAUUCCUUCAAGCGGAAACAUUCUGAUCAGAAAUAAGACUGGAUCUCUGGGUCAUGUUGACUCUCACAGCUCAUUAGUUGGCUACUGCCCUCAGGAAGAUGCCUUAGAUGACCUGGUAACUGUGGAGGAGCAUUUGUAUUUCUAUGCCAGAGUACAUGGAAUUCCAGAAAAAGAUAUUAAACAAACUGUUCAUAAACUCCUUAGGAGACUUCACCUGAUGCCCUUCAAGGACCGAGCUAUCUCUAUGUGUAGCUAUGGUACAAAAAGAAAAUUAUCUACAGCACUGGCCUUGAUAGGGAAACCUUCCAUUCUCCUGCUGGAUGAGCCGAGCUCUGGGAUGGAUCCUAAGUCAAAACGACACCUCUGGAAGAUCAUUUCAGAAGAAGUACAGAACAAAUGUUCCGUCAUCCUCACAUCUCACAGCAUGGAAGAAUGUGAGGCUCUCUGUACCAGGCUGGCCAUUAUGGUGAAUGGAAGGUUCCAGUGUAUUGGAUCUUUGCAGCACAUAAAGAGCAGGUUUGGCCGAGGAUUUACUGUCAAGGUUCACUUGAAGAAUAACAAAGUGAGCAUGGAGACCCUCACACAGUUCAUGCAGCUGCACUUUCCAAAAACAUACUUAAAAGAUCAGCACCUUAGCAUGCUAGAGUAUCAUGUACCAGUCACAGCAGGAGGAGUAGCAAACAUUUUUGAUCUGCUGGAAACCAACAAAACUGCUUUAAAUAUUACAAAUUUCUUAGUGAGUCAGACCACUCUGGAAGAGGUUUUCAUCAACUUUGCCAAAGACCAAAAGUCCUAUGAGACUGCUGAUACCAGUAGCCAAGGUUCCACCUAAGUGUUGACUCGCAGGAUGACCGAAUAGAGUCUUAGCAUCUCCAGCAAACUCAAUCUCAGCACAUGGCAAAUGGCUUCAUUUUAAGGAAGAGCCACAGAAGAUACCACUUCCUCAAAAUAUUUUCAUUUAAAAGUAUUAUACUGUAUGGGAAGUUACAAUUGUGAAAGACUAACAAGCAAUUAUAGAUAGAAAGUUUUUUUGCUAAGGUCAGUGAAUGUUGUUGCUACUGAAAUUAAUUCCUGUAUGCUGAACACUGUGAGCCUGCUAAUGUAUAUGCUGUGGCGAUUCUUAUGCAGAGGUGAAACCACCUCAAGAUGAAUGUUUUAAUUUAUUACUUUCAAUAAACAGACAGUUUAAAAAGUAUGAAUAUUAGUAGUUGAAAAGUAAGAGUGGAGAAGAAAAGUAAGGUGGUUUGGGGUAGGUGGAGCUGGGUGAACAAACAAAAUACUAUAAUUUAUUUCCGGAAGAUAACAGAAUGAGCAUCAUCAUGAAUACGUGAAUCUACUGUGAUGUGUCAAGUGCUAAGGGCCAGAUUAACAUUUGCAGUAAGCAGCGGCACAAUGUCUGCAGCAUAUGUAUAUGUCCUUUGUAGUACCUGUGAAUACAUGGGGACAUACCGAACCCAAAAAAGUGCCUUUCCACAAGAAUGCAAUAGAGAGGGCAGUUUACCCUGGUGGUAAACUGAACUGAGAUUUAUUCCUGCCAUACCUUGCCAAUAAGGAGGCACAGGGUGGAGCAAGAAGCUACUUGCUCUGCAGUGGGCAGAAUGGGGUGUGUCGGCUGGGCAGAUACAAAUCCUGAAAACUGACAGAGAAUUCAUGUGCUGCUGGCAGGCAACAUUUUUUAAAGCUCGUAUAGAAACCAUCAUAUUACAGGUUUCUCCACAGGAAACAUUCCUGUGAGGGAAAGUGAAUAUGAAGAAAAUUUUCAGCUAAUUACCUGGCUGACCCAGAAUCGUGUGUAUGGCAGACUUCUUAAUAAUGCCAAAUUACAUGGCCCUCGGGGAAGGUGCUUUAUGCACUCUGUGUGUGUGUGUGUGUGCGCGUGUGCGUGCCCACGCACGCAUGCAUGUAUACAAGUUUGCCAACGUUGGCAUGACUGUUUCUCGUUUGAAAAUCAAUAAACUCAAAAUUUAGAAAAA